CAAAGCUAACUGGGUAAAACGUGUCUGCUUAUUGUAGAGGCCCCUAUUAUCGUGGAGGAGUGAGCAUACUUGGGAAGAAGGCAAGUGGACCUUCAGGACGAAAGUAGUGGGAGAAGCAGGGGAAGUAGACCAGCCACCAGUCCCUGGGGGAAUCAGUGGGCUUGGAUGGGGUCUGGAUAGGCAGAUCUGGUAUGACGCUAUCAACACCCAGUUGCAAGGGUGAGGUCCUGAGUAGAGAGGAGACAGUGGACUCAGGUCAGCACAUCUAAAGAGAUGGGAGGGGCGACGAGGUGGAUCUAGUAUCCCUUGGGCAAUCCGAGAGGACUGGAGCGGGGUCUGGGGGCGGAGCCUGUCACGCAGCUUAUAACUGCUGGAUUCCACACGAGAAGGUUAACCUUGUCCUGUGUGAGAAGUGGUCGCGGUGCAGCGGUCUGCCUUUCCCUGGUCUUCAAGCCUUCAGUCUUUCUUUUAGUCAAGAUGAGUGGUAAGCCAGACUUCUCUGAAGUGGAGAAGUUUGACAGGUCAAAACUGAAGAAAACUAACACUGAAGGAAGAAGUACUCUGCCCUCGAAGGAAACUAUCCAGCAGGAGAAAGAGUGUGUUCAAACAUCAUAAAAUGGGGAUCUCCCAAGAACAAAUUUCAACAUUGCCUGAGUGUCUUGGUUUUAGGCAUGUUUUUUGUAAACCUAUGUGUUUGUAGAGAUUUUAGCCAUUUUCUAUGUCUUCUCAUCCAUAAUCCCUGGCUAAGAGGUCAGGAGUAGCCAAAGUUCCCUUACUUUCAUUCUUAAACUUUCCAUUGGUGCAUAAAUUCCAGCCGGCUGAUGCUGUCAAUAAUCACACCAUUGAUGAUAUUUGUGUGUCUAGUCUUUGCAUCCCUAAAGGAUAAGCAACUUUUAACUUUCUACACUGGAUGUCUCCAUUGUUCCAUAAUCUUCAUGAAGUGGCAUGCAUUUGCAGCUUCUCACAGUUUAUUUCACUUCUAAUGUAGUGAUAAAAUAAUAAAUAUAAUUAUG